UUUUUUUUUUAUACAUAAUAUAAAUCGGCAAAAAGAUGGCUUCUCGAUUCACCCGUUUAACUACUUCUGUUCCCAAGCUUACUCGUGGUUAUGCUGCCGCUCCUACCAUAAUCAAGGCUCCCAUCACACUUUAUGGUCUUGAUGGUCGUUACGCUACUGCCCUUUACACUGCUGCUGCUCGUCAAAAUGUUCUCGAAGCUGUUGAAAAGGAUCUCAAGUCACUUACUCAAGCCAUUCAAAAAGAUCAAGCUCUUCGAGGAUUUUUAGAAAACCCUACAGUUACUCGUUCCACCAAGAUGCAAGGUAUUACUUCCGCCAUGAAGAAGACUGGUAAACCUAAUAAAAUUACUGAAAAUUUCUUUGAUACUUUGGCUGAAAAUGGCCGUUUGGAUCAAACUUCCAAGGUUAUUGAAGCUUUCUCUCAAUUGAUGAGCGCUCAUCGUAACGAAUUGCCUCUUAUCAUUACUUCCGCUAAGGCUUUGGAUAAGAAUGCUUUGAAUAAGAUUGUUGAUUCCCUUCAAAAGUCUAAUCUUGCUGAAGGUAAGAAGCUUCUUGUCUCUAACAAAGUUAAGCCUGAUAUCCUUGGCGGUAUUUUGGUUGAAAUUGGUGAUAAGAGUAUCGAUUUGACUGUUUCAUCUAAGCUUGCCAAAUUAAACAAGUUGAUUACUGAUUCCAUUUAAACGAACAAUAAAUAUUUAUAUGUAUAGAUAUACAUUUAUAUAAAUAAGUGUAUAUAGAUAUAUGAAAGAAAGGAAUAUACAUUUGUAAAGCUUUAUUCUAUAUAUAAAAUACUUGAAAAUAAUUAUGCAUCAUGCUUAUCUUGGAAUAAGUUGCAAUAAAUCAAAUGUCAAGAAAAGAUGGAAAAUAAUAGUUUUCUUCUCUCUUUGCCAGAAGCCAACUUGGACUUCUAUGUCUAACAUACAUACCUGGCGAUAGAGUAAAGAUUAUUUGUAAAUCUAAUGUAAGAAAUUAUCAACUCUGAGUUAAAAUCCUGACGC